UAUUUCACCACACCUGCGUUUUCAUGAACCUCUACAUCAGUCUGCACCUCAACAACUCCUUCUCCAAAGACGUCAACCUCCUUGUGUGGGACACGAGUGCUUUCGACCUCCUAGGGUACAUGGCGGAGUUACGUGGCGCGUUUACCAAGCAUGACGUCAUGCUUCUGAAACACUUGGACGGGAAGAGGGUUUGUUUUAGAGAUGCCAUCUUCUCGCUUCCUUCUCGGAUGUUGCUCGGAAUUUAUUACAACUUAGCACCGGUAAAGGGAUGCAAGAUUAGCGGCUUGGUGAAUGCCUUCUCGGAGCAUGUGUUGUAUAAUCUGAAUAUUCAACAAACAGGUCCACUGCCGGCGAAGCUAAGGGUGACAUUUCUUGUCAGAAGUACGAAAAUCCGGCGGAUCUUAAACCAGGAAGAAUUGUUUUACGGCUUACAACGACUCUCAGACUUGGAUGUACAAAUGGUGGAUUUUAAUAGAUCAGUACCUUUCACAGACCAGCUACGGAUUAUCCACAACACUGACCUGUUCAUUGGCCUCCACGGCGCAGGAUUGACGUACUUGCUCUACCUACCAGACUGGGCGACCGUCUUUGAAAUCUACAGGUGCAGCAUCGACGACAUGUACCCCGACCUGGCCAGAAUGAGGGGCAUCAACUACCUCACCUGGGAGAACAUGGAUACCCUCACCCCAGAAAACAAGACCGCCUUACCCAACUACACCAACUAUAGCUUUGACGUGGGGGAGUUUGUGAGGCUGGUUCGAGUUGCAGCAGAUCAAGUGACCUCUCACCCCGACCUCGUGAAAGCAAGACUUAAUAAAUAUAGGAGGGGAGGGGAGCUUUAGGUGAUAGUACGUGAGUAACUACUUUGGGGGAAUGGGUGGGGGGUGGAGGAUGGGGAGAGCUUUGAGUGAUAGUUUGUGAAUGAAUCCGUCCGUCUUCCGGGUUUAACGACGUUUUGAAGAGUAUUCCACGUAUAUCGCGUAGCGCAGGCUAUCGAUAUAAAUCAUAGAGAUCGAUGAACGUUUACUUAAUAUCGAUCAGUUUUGGGGAAUUAUAUGUUUGCUUGCCCUUCCGUUGAGAUGUAAUAUUAGAGGUAUUAAUUCUGAUAAGAAAUGUAAAAUGUGUGACAGCGGCUUGAAUGAAGAUGAAAUUCACUUCAUGCUUGAAUGUGCAGCAUAUAAUUUUAUUAGAGAUAAGUAUUUUCCAUAUUGUGGACAAGAUAGCAUUCUGACUGCAUAUAUAUUCAUUUC